CAUCAAAUCACAACUCAAGAUCCUUAACGUAGCGAUAGCGAGAGAGAUGGAUUUCAUCUCACUAGAUUCUGUUUUCCAAGAAGAAGGAGAAAAUUUCUGGAAUAUGAUCGCCGCUGACGUCUCCGGCGAUGGUGACGGUGACAUAACCGUAAGUGUACCAAACAGAAGCGCCUUCAGGUCAUACGUGAGGGACAAUGAACAGAGGAUGGUAUCGUCUUCAUCGGUGAACGUGAAGAGGAGAAUGGUGAAUCUUCUGAGAAAGAAUUGGGAGGGGAAGAAAAUUGUAGCAGUGCCGGAGAAGGAGAGAUGCCGGCAACAUAUGAUGAAAGAGAGAACGAGAAGAGAGAAACAAAAACAGAGUUACUUAGCUCUCCAUUCUCUAUUACCAUUUGGCACUAAGAGUAAUAAAAAUUCGAUUGCUGAAAAAGCCGUUGAUCAGAUUAGGAGAUUAGAAGGAUUAAAGAAAGAACUAGAUAGAAGAAUGAAUGUGUUGGAGGCAAAAUCAGCAGGGGAUCACGAUGAAAUGAAUGGAACAAAGGUAAGGUUUAAUGUACAAGAACCUUUGUCGGGGAUCGAUUCAAUUGUUGAAGUUCUUCAGUGUCUUAAAUCAAUGGGAACAAAUCUCAACACGGUACAAGCCAAUUUCUCUCCACAUGAGUUCUCAGCGACCAUGAACAUCGAGACUCAGAUAAGAGGAGAUGAGGUGGAAAGAAGUGUACAGAAAAGACUCCAGGAAACUGAAUGGAAACUCCUCUUUUUCCCAGAAGCUUCGUUUCUGAACGACUAGUGACUUCUUUUGUUUUGACUUUCUCGUUUUUCUCAACUUGGUAGAUCUUUAAAGUAAUCGGCACUGCUUUGUUGACAAAACACGAAGCAUAUUGGGUCAAUACUUUUUUUUUUGUUUUGAACAUUAUAGUGGGUCAAUACUUGUAAGUUUUGUCUCUACCAUAUGAAGAAUCAGUCUG